GGCCGGUUUCCUGUCUGGAAGGGAAGGGGCCCUCAGAGGGGAGUGGGGGCAAGCUGCAGACAGGCACACCCCUGCCUUUCUCUUUCCCUCUGCUCCCUUCUGCUGGAAAAGCGAGCUGGGAGAACAGCUGCCACCAAGGCAAGACUGGACACUCUGUGCCCAGAGUCCCCCCUGCAACUGGCCUCCCCUCCCAGGAACCCUGCUGCUCAUUCUCACCUCACUUUCUUUCCUCCUGUGCCUGGCUCAUACCAAGGCCUUGGAACAACAGUAGGAGAGGAAAGUUUGUCCCAGCAGCCAGAGGGGUCUAGCAGGAAGGAGUGCAGAGGGACAGCCUUCCCAAAAGCUGAUCAUCUCUCUCAAGACGGGGGAGCAGUGGGAGGAGGAACUGUGGGACAGCGUGGUGCCUACCCGGCCCAUCUCUGGAGGGCUGCAAGGGAAGGGACAGUGGGGACGCAGAGAUGCAAGACAGAUUGCGCAUCCUGGAGGACCUCAAUAUGCUGUACAUCCGGCAGAUGGCGCUGAGCCUGGAGGACACAGAGUUGCAGAGGAAGCUAGACCAUGAGAUCCGGAUGAGGGAAGGGGCCUGCAAGCUGUUGGCUGCCUGCUCUCAGCGAGAGCAGGCCCUAGAGGCCACCAAGAGUCUGUUGGUGUGCAAUAGCCGCAUCCUCAGCUACAUGGGGGAGCUGCAACGGCGCAAGGAGGCCCAGGUGCUGGGGAAGACGGGCCGGCGGCCUUCUGACAGCGGGCCACCCGCUGAGCGUUCUCCCUGUCGUGGUCGGGUCUGCAUCUCUGAUAUCCGGAUCCCACUCAUGUGGAAGGACACAGAAUAUUUCAAGAACAAAGGUGACCUGCACCGCUGGGCUGUGUUCCUGCUGCUGCAGCUUGGGGAACAGAUUCAGGACACAGAAAUGGUCCUGGUGGACAGGACCCUCACGGACAUCUCCUUUCAGAACAAUGUGCUCUUCUCUGAGGCAGGGCCAGACUUUGAGCUGCGGCUGGAGCUGUAUGGGGCCUGUGUGGAAGAAGAGGGGGCCUUGGCUGGUGCUCCCAAGAGGCUUGCCACAAAACUCAGCAGUUCUUUGGGCCGCUCCUCAGGGAAGCGAGUACGGGCAUCACUGGAUAGUGCUGGGAGCUCGGGGAGCAGUCCCAUCUUGCUGCCCACCCCAGCUGUGGGGGGUCCUCGGUACCACCUCUUGGCCCACACCACACUUACGCUGGCAGCAGUGCAAAAUGGAUUCCGCACACACGACCUCACCCUUGCGGGCCAUGAGGAGAGCCCUGCUUGGCUGCCCCUUUAUGGUAGCGUGUGUUGCCGCCUAGCAGCUCAGCCUUUCUGCAUGACUCAGCCCACUGCAGGUGGUACCCUCAGGGUGCAGCAAGCUGGGGAGCUACAGAAUGGGGCACGAGUACAUGGAGUCCUGAAAGGCACAAACCUCUUCUGCUAUCGGAAACCUGAGGAUGCAGACACUGGGGAAGAGCCACUGUUUACUAUCGCAAUCAACAAGGAGACUCGGGUCCGGGCAGGGGAGCUGGAGCAGGCUGCAGGGCGGCCCUUCACCCUCAGCAUCAGCAAUCGGUACGGAGAUGAUGAGGUGACGCAUACCCUUCAGGCCGAGAGCCGCGAAGCACUGCACAACUGGAUGGAAGCACUAUGGCAGCUUUUCUUUGACAUGAGCCAGUGGAAGCACUGUUGUGAUGAAGUCAUGAAAAUUGAAUCCCCCACUCCUCGGAAACCCCCCCAAGCUCUGGCCAAGCAGGGGUCCUUGUACCAUGAGAUGGCUAUUGAACCACUGGAUGACAUCGCAGCGGUGACAGACAUCCUGGCCCAGCGGGAGGGCCCAAGGCUGGAGACACCCCCACCCUGGCUAGCCAUGUUUACAGACCAGCCUGCCCUGCCUAACCCCUGCUCGCCUGCUUCAGUGGCCCCAGCCUCAGCCUGGACCCAUCCCCUGCCCUGGGGGAGACCCCGAACCUUUUCCCUGGAUGCUGUGCCACCAGACCACCCCCUUGGGGCUUCUCGCUCGGUUGCCCCCCUCCCCUCACAGAGAUCCUCACGGUCCAGAGGCCUCUACAACAAAGGCCCACUCCGCACAUGGCUGCAGUCACCAGUGUGAGAGAAAAGUGCUGGCAGUAGGAUCUGACCGGAAAAGAAAAUGACCCAUAGGCAACUGGGUUCUGGAUCUGGUGCUUACUGGAGCCCGUUUGGCCAGCUUGGCCUCCUUUUCCUCCACUGGACUAGGGGAAGCUGGGGAGGGCAAAGGAGCCCCUCUUAAAUUGUGGUUGCCAUGGUACUGAGGGGACCACUCCUGGAGUCAGCUGAGAUCUCCUAAACCUUUCCUGGGAGAAAACUGGAACACUCUACUCUAUUUUUCUGCACUAACCAGUCUUGAGGGUGGCACUGAAGAGCAGGGAAAAUGUACUUCCCUGUGACUCCUACAAUGACCAUUAAAGUUAUUUAAACAAU